UCCUGUCGUUCAGACAGACUGUUUUUGCUGCAGUGAGCGAGCGGUGGCCGUACUGAGGAGAGGAAAACGGCGAGAAAAAACAAGAAGCCAGAGGACGGAUAGCGCGAGCUAGAAAAUAGGCCGCCACAGAGACAAAUCCUACGGGGACCAGUGCGCGAGUUGAAGAGCACCUACCUGACGCAGCGUGCGGACUUUGACGAGAAUAUCUCGGUCUUGUGAGGAUUUCGGAGAUCCGGACAGACGGAUGACACAGUCCGUGCUCCUAACCAUGGCAUCCCCGUCACUCCCGCGCAUCGCUGUGAGGAUUCUCAGCGCGCUCGUGCUUGUCAUAGCUGUGGUCCAUGGAAACGAGAUGCUCGAUGAAGACCCUCUCCAGCCUACGGCAUUGGAUCAGACGGUGGCAGUGGGAGGGACUGUUAUUCUGACCUGCACCGUCACAACAACAGACAACUCAUCACUUCAGUGGUCCAACACUGCCCAGCAGACUCUCUACUUUGGAGAUAAGAGGGCGCCCUAACGUGGUGGAGUCCAACCCAGGGGCCCCCACCUACACUGUGAUCAGUGAGCUCACACUGACCGUGACGCGCGACGACAACCUGCAGCCCAUAGGGUGCGCUGUGGAGCACGACUCCAUCCCCCACGGAGCCGUGAAGAAGACCGAGGAGCGCCUCAACGUGCUGUACUCUCCCAGCGUACGGAUCCAGCCAUCCAGCGAUCUUCCCCGAGAGGGAGAGAGAUUCCAUUUGGAGUGUGUGAGCGACGCCAAUCCAGAGCCCACAUCGUUUGACUGGGACAAGAAGGAUGGCGAACUGCCCACUUUGGCGAAGAAGGUCGGUAGUGAACUGCGCUUUUGAGGCGCCAACAACCCAGAAGCGGCGCAGUGGGUUCGCUCAGCCAACAAUGACAUCGGCCAGGAGCAGAGCCAGUACACACUUCUGGUGCAAGAAGUCAACCAUGCAGACCCCACGGCCAUGUCCACCUCUUCCGGAGUUGACCAUGCAGUGAUCGGUGGAGUAGUGGCCGUCAUCGUCUUCAUCAUCCUGUGUAUGCUCAUUGUUCUGGGCAGAUAUCUCAUCAGACACAAAGGGACAUACCUGACCCAUGAGGCUAAGGGCUCAGACGACGCCCCAGAUGCUGACACGGCCAUCAUCAACGCAGAAGGCGGCCAAUCAGGAGCCGACGACAAGAAAGAGUACUACAUCUAGGCUCCACCCCCGCUGGACUCCAGAGGCCACACCCCCCCAACCCCCCACUCUGGGAGAGAGGGAUUAGGGAAGAGAGGGAGGGAGAGAGAGAGGGAGGACAGGAACCAAACAGAAUCAUGACAGAACUCAAGAAGGAAUAAAAAAAAAAACAUUCAAAAAUCAGACACUGGACACACACACACACACACACACACACACACACACACACACAUAAACACACACACACACACACACACACACACACACACACACACACACACACACACAUAAACACAUACACGCGUAACACACACACACACACAUAAACACAUACAUGCACACACACACACACACACACACAUAAGCAUAUACACGCACACACACAUCUAAACCGUCACGACUAAACACAACAGUCCAACAAUCCAAUAUGACUACACAACUACACAACUUGACAUGACUACACAAGUCAACAGAACUCUCAACGUAACUCUACACGACUACAGUACAUAGCUCAACAAGACUCUACACAACUCUACACAACUCUACACGACUACAUAGCUCAACAAGACUCUACACAACUCUACACAUCUCUACACAACUCACACAACUCUACACGACUA